GCGUUGCGCCAAUCCUGAUUCUGUGGCCACUGCAGUCUGCGUGAAGUGAGAGCGGUCUGGCGGGAGAGUGAAAUUCCUGGGGAGAGACAACCAGGGCAGUCAGGCUGGGCAGCCGGGGUGCUGAGGAGUCGCAGGUAGGGAGUGAGGAGGCUGGAGGACGGGACUGAGGCGGACGUGGGCUGAGCGGAACAGGAGAAGAGGCCUGACUACCUACGACCUUGCGGGGAGAGGAGGAAAAGAUGCUGGAACCACAGGGGAAUAGCUUGAUUGACCUACCAGAUUAUGAACAUGUAGAAGAUGAAACUUUUCCAAAUCCUUUCCCACCUCCAGCUUCUCCAGAUAGAGAAGAUGGCGAAGGAGCUGAAGUUGAUGAAGAGCCAGGAAGAGGAACACCUAUUCCUGUACCUCCAAAGAGAACAGUUAAAAGGAAUAUGCCCAAGCUAGAUGCUCAGAGAUUAAUUUCAGAGAGAGGGCUUCCAGCAUUAAGGCAUGUGUUUGAUACAGCAAAAUUCAAAGGUAAAGGUCAUGAGGCUGAAGAUUUGAAAACACUAAUCAGACACAUGGAGCACUGGGCACACAGGCUAUUCCCUAAACUGCAAUUCGAGGAUUUUAUUGACAGAGUUGAAUACCUAGGAAACAAAAAGGAAGUUCAGACCUGUUUAAAACGAAUUCGACUUGAUCUCCCUAUUUUACAUGAAGAUUUUAUUAGCAAUAAUGAUGAAGUGGGGGAAAAUAAUAGCCAUGAUGUAACUGCUGUUGAAUUAGAUCCCUUUUUGAUAAACUCAUCUGAAAGUGAAAAUUUUGCUUCUGAGUCAAGUAGAAGCCUAACUGAAGAGCAACAACAAAGAAUUGAGAGAAAUAAACAACUGGCCUUGGAAAGAAGGCAGGCAAAGCUACUGAGUAAUAGUCAGCCCCUAGGAAAUGAUUUGUUAAUGAACACACCCAGGGCACAGAGAAUUGAAGACGAUAAUAUAGGUGAAGAACAAAAAGAGGAGUCAGAUGGAUUUAACAAAAACAUUCUAGACAAUUCACAUAAUGAUGCUGCUGCUAAUACUGUAAAUGAAGAGGAGGAAUUAAAAAUAGAGAAAACACAACUGGACCAAUCCUUUUAAAAUGUACAGCGGUACCUUUAUGCUUCAUCCAGAAAUGUCACUGAGGUUGGAUAGGCCUCAACCAAGAGAAUGUCUGUUAACUUGGUAUCAUCCAAGUUUGAGAUUACUGUGUAUUUUGUCUGGUUUGAAAUCCUUAUGUAGUGAAACCUUUACAGAUUCCUGUUUAAAAUCUGAGAUUUAUAAUAAUGCUUGUUUCUUAUUAACUAGUUAAGUCUAUUUAUUCUCUUUAGUGUUUAUAUAGAUAUGACUUCAUAACAAUGAUUAGUAGUUAAUAAGCAGUUUCUGCUGCUAGGGUGCUAUUGAGUGCCUUGUUUUCCCUAAAUUGAGUGGUGUUUUAAGUUGUAAAUAUAUAAUGAAUAUUGUCCAUUAAAAAAAAUCUUACAAACUA